UACACUCAACUGUGUAGUUGUCAGGGCAAUGGCGUCUUUCUCCCUAUUUAUUGCGCACGAAUUCCGUUGUCAGUGGUAAGAGAGUGUGACUAUGUACAAAGUAACGGGAUAAACGGAUUGUCGCUUCAUUUUGACCACAUAAGACGACCAUCGAAGGAAACGCCGAUUUACUAGUAAACAGAUAAGAUGAUUGGGACGCUUAGAUGUUGGGAUUUUUGGAGAUGGCUUGCUAGCUACCCCGAUAAGUGGUUGUAGCAAGAUAGGCAGCUAGCUAGUUAACGUUACUUUAAAGGCCAACGUAGCUAGCUAUGUGUGUCAUCAAGAGGCACUUUGUUUGAAUUAAGCUAUUUUGUGCCACUGACUAGCUAGCUAGUUAUCCAAUGCCAUGAAGAUUCUGUUUUGCUAAUUAGCUAUCAGACUAUGAAAAUAAUUUUAUUCGACAGCUAACAUUAGCUAACUAAGGAUAAAUAAGUGCCAGGCACGUUCUAAGUGUAACGUCAACGUAACAGCACUGUCGAAUUUAAUAUAACGCUACCUAACGAGGUGGAAAGUUUGCAAGUUAACGUUAGCUAGCUCUGUUAUUGCACAUAUGUUAGCGUUUACUGAGCGGUUAGCUUGAAAACUAGCAAGGGUGUUCGCACAGGUUUAACGCCACCGUCUUUGGUAGAAAACUAACGUUAGGCAAUCGACUGGACUAGCUAACACAGUUCAUUAGCAAGUUACAUAUUUAGGUGAAUACUAUGGAAUCUCAGGAAUGCAUCCCGGACACUGUGUCCUCCACUAUCCCUUCACUUCCACGACAAGCGCGAGUGCAUCUGCAGAAAGGCAGCGUGUGCUCACGCACCUACUUCGUGGUGGUGAUGGUCUUUUUUCAUGUUUACAUUAUCAACGUCAUUGCCCUGCUUCUCUACGUGCACUAUAACACUGGUCCAGGAGAAAUAGGUACUUCCAGCGGAGAGCCAACGAUAACCAGGGAGAGCAGCACUCGCCGUGCUUUUCCUGACCGCGAUCGGUCUCCUGACCUUGGGUCCCACGUGAUGGUCCACCUUCCACGCAUUGAAGGGAUUCGGGUAGGACAUGUCCAGAAAGUUUCGCUGGUGGAUGGCAGAGUCCAUGAGAUGCGGACCCUGAGUCUGAAGCCCUUGCUUUUUGAGAUCCCAGACUUCUUGUCGGAGGAGGAGUGCCGACUGGUGGUGCAGCUGGCUCGGCUGAAGGGCCUUACAGAGAGCCAGGUCUCGGUCCCCGACAGCCAAGAAGAAACUGCUGAUCUGCUGGACCUCAGUCCCGAGGAAGUCUUCAACCUGCUGGACCUCAACCAGGAUGGACAGCUACAACUUCAGGAGAUCCUGACCCACUCGAGCGCUCGGGACAGGUUCUGGCUUACCCCGGAGAACUUGCAGGAGAUCUAUGCUGGGCUGAAAGCCGACCCUGACCGGGACGGCCUUCUGAGCCUCGGAGAGUUCAAGCGCCUGAGCAGCAAGGCACUGUGGCGCUUCUCUCCACAGCUGGGGGGGAAAAGGAGCCAGCCAGUGCGGAACAGCAGGCACACCUGGCUGUACCAGGGUGAAGGGGCACACCAUGUGCUGCGGGCCCUCAGGAAGAGAGUGAUUCGACUGACCCAGCUGCCCCCCCUGCUGGUGGAACUGAGUGAACCGCUGCAGGUUGUGCGAUACGAGCAAGGGGGCCACCACUACGCCCACUAUGACAGCGGCGCAGUCCACCCCGAGACCGCCUGCACCCACAGCCGCCUGGCAGCCAACAUCUCCACCCCGUUUGAGACAUCCUGUCGGUACAUCACAGUGCUGUUUUACCUGAACUCUGUGGAGGAGGGCGGGGAGACCACCUUUCCUGUAGCUGACAACAGGACUUAUGAGGAAGAGGCUCUGAUCCAGAAUGAUGUUGAUCUUCUUGACACCCGCAAGAACUGUGACAAGGGAAACUUGAGAGUCAAACCAACACAAGGAACUGCGAUUUUCUGGUACAACCACCUCUCUGAUGGCAAAGGCUGGGUAGGUGAACUGGAUGAGUAUUCCCUGCAUGGAGACUGUAUAUUACCCCGAGGAACCAAGUGGGUUGCCAACAACUGGAUCAACAUUGACCCCGACUACCAGCGCCAGGCCCGCUACCAGAAACUGGUGGCCCAGAGGCAACAAGAUGAAGCACAGAGUGGCGAGAGGAACUCUGACGAGCACAGUGACCUCCACCAGGACCUAUAGCCCAUAGCCAUCUUUAAACAGACUCAUUGUCCCAAAUUGACCCAGUAUCCCUCACAUAUCAGGUUCAUUCCAUUCUCCCCUCUUAGAUAAGUUUGCUCAACUCUACAGCAGAACCGAAAUCCUGUUCAAAAAUACACUGAAACAGAUCUAAGGUCAGUCUUUGGGUACAGAAGUGACCGAUACCCACCUCAAUCCUGAUUGCACCCAAAACUUGUCGACCCCACCCAGCUCUGUACCGCCAUCCUUGACUACCUCCAUGUUCACACAUCCCAAACCUUCAGUGUGCUUCCUCUGCCUCAGCCUCUGCUUCUGCCAGCGAGCUUCCUUUGCCUUGCUCUGUGGUCAACUACCAUGGUUAAAGUUACUACAAAACUACUUGUCACCAAGGCCUGCAGGGUUUCUCCCUCCCCCAGAGACACAAGGGUAACACAGGAACACAUUUCUUUGUUGUUUAACUGUAAAAUAGAUAUUACAGUCUAGCUCUUGGUGUGAAGCACUUUCCAUGGAAAUCACAGUCUCUGCCAAAUACAACCUUAAAAUUCAUUUUUCACAAAUGUCAGGAUCAAAACUGCUUGAGGCACUCUCUCAUUCUCUCACAGUCAUGUAAAAGUUUGUUCCUGUAUCUGUAUAAGCUGUCUUCAUUUUGUUUUACCUCUUUGCCACAUCCACUCACGUUAAAGUUAGCACAUUGCUCUGGCAUGGUCUCUAGAUAUGUUCUGCACCAUGGCUCAGAUUCACCAGUCAUUUGGCUUGAAAGCCUUGGGGUGGCCUGAAAUCUUUAGAUUAAUUUCUGUGUGUAUUUUUACAUGCUGCAAGGUCCAGCUUCCUUCUUAUACAGUUGGUUUUUAAAGGGUGAAAUAAUGUGUAUGUGAUUUGAUAUAAGGUAUGUUCUGACAUUUACCUUCAUGUUGCUACCUAAUUGUUCACCUCCUUUCUCCAGACCCAUACAGGCAAACAUUCACUCUGAAGUGAUAAAACUAUAGGCUAAUAUGACUGUAUUGUUCUGAUUAUUGCAGUUUAUUUAUCAGUACAUUCAUUUGCAAAUAUAUAAUAUUUUUA